GGAAACUAGAAGGUGUCAGAACAAAAGACAAUGAAAACUCUCUCAACAGCUGAUUCAAGCAAAACAACUGAGAUUAGAAUUAUUCUUAUUGGGGGUCGAGAUCUGAGAGGAAUAAAAGCAAGUGGAAAAAGUUCAACAGGAAACAUAAUUCUGGGCAGAGAUGCUUUUGAAGUUGGAAAAAGAACUGCCCGGUGUGUUAAAGCAGAGGGAGAGAUACAUGGGAGACAUGUGACUGUGGUUGACACUCCAGGGUGGUGGUGGCAUUACUGUGUGGGAAAUACUCCAAAAUUUGACAUGAUGGAAAUCAUGAAAAGCCCAACACUGUGUGCGCCUGGACCUCACGCUUUUCUUUUGGUCAUUCCUCUAGAUAAUGUGUUUCCACAAGUCUAUAGAAUGGCUCUGAAUGAACACCUGGAGUUUUUGUCAGAAAACGUUUGGAAACACAUUAUAGUGCUUUUCAGCUGCAUAUCUCCACAUGAUGAUACAUCUUUGAAAAACAACUGGAGAAACUGGCCAGACCUCCAACUGGUUCUGGAAAAGUGUCAAAACCGGUAUCAUGUUCUCAAUAUUAAAGACAGGGAAGAACGCUCUGGAGUGAUCACUCUGCUGAAAAAAAUUGAGGAAAUGGUAGCACAAAACAAUCACAAUUACUUCGAAAUGAGCAAAUGUGUCUCUGUAGAGGAUGAGCAAGAGAAAAUUAGAAAGGUAAAAGUCAAACAGAGAAUCCUUGCUGUCAAAAAAAAGAGUACUGAACUACAAGUACGCAAUAAAGGUAAGGACCAACAACUCACUGAUAUACAGAUUGUAAUGCUUGGAGCAUCAUGGGCUGCAAAGAGCUCUGCAGGGAACCUCAUUCUGGGCAAAGAAGCUUUUAAAGUUGAUGAAUCAAGAACAACGACAUGCUGUGAGGUUGGACAUGCUGAAGUGCAUGGAAAAAAGUUGACUGUAGUUGAUACUCCGGGCUGGAUCUGUGAUCAUCCUCUCGAAAAAACACCAGCAAUUGACAAACUGGAAAUUAAACAUAGUCUGCAUCUAUGUGCUCCUGGUCCACAUGCUAUUCUGCUAACUGUUCCAGCUGCCACAGCCUUUAAAAAACCAUAUCAAACAUCUGUGGCAGAACACAUGAGUCUUUUAGGGAAGGAUGUGUGGAGCCACACAAUAGUACUAUUCACUAGAGGAGACUGGCUUGGGGAUACAACCAUCGAGGAACGUAUUGAAGAAGAAGGAGAGCAUCUUGAAUGGCUAAUGGAACGGUGUGGGUACAGAUACCAUGUUUUCAACUGUAAAAAGCACACUGACAGCAUACAAGUCAAAGGGCUCCUUGAUAAGAUUGAGGAAAUGGUGAUGGAAAACAAUGGGCGACGUUAUGUGCCAGAUGAAAAAAGCAAUCCAUCCACUGAGCUUCAGGCGAAGAUUAAGAGAGCCAAAAAAGACACAGAGAAAAAGCACAGACAAGACCAUAUUCUUCAAAAUCUGCUUAAAGAAAGGGAAGAACAACUAUCGGAAAUUAGGAUUGUGCUUCUUGGACGAGAAGGAGUUGGGAAAAGCACAUCAGGAAACAUGAUUAUGCAAGGAGAUUUUUUUGAGACUACUCUAGAAGAGGGAUUUAAAGACCAGAGAAGAACAAGUCGAUGUGUGAUGAAACAGGGGAAAGUUGAAGAAUAUCACAUCUCUGUGGUAGACACACCAGGCUGGUCAACAUCCCAUUUAAACCACGCAAAGGAAAUUUUUUGCAGCGUGAAAGUUUGCUCACCAGGACCACAUGCAUUCCUGCUUGUGUUGCCUCUGAAUCAGUCUUUUAGAAAAAAAUCUGAACAAACAGUGAAAGAACUCAUGAAUCUUUUUGGAGAGCAUCUCUGGAAACAUACUCUGAUUAUAUUCUCCGGAUCUUGGCUGAAGGACAGACCAGUUGAACGGUAUAUUGCGUGUGAAGGAGAAGCCCUGCAGAGCUUGAUAAGAAAAUGUGGAAACAGAUAUUAUAAACUAGACCAUAAGAGUCAAAGCAAAAAUCUGCUUAAGAUGAUUGGUGUGAUGGUAGCAAAAAACCGAGGGGAAUAUUUCACAACAGAAAAGAAAGAAAAAACAUCAACAUCACUCUUCCAGAGGCUUAUUGGGAAAGUGCUCACUGAGGAGGAGUGGAACAAACGUGAGGAUGAACUAAUUGACAAGAUGCUGGAGGCUGCAGUUGUGGAUCUAGAUGAAGAAUCCAAUCAGCCAUCUGCCAGACGAAAGGCAAGCUAUGAAUAUGGAAUCCCCAGUAUGAGUGGAGAUUCCUUGUCUGAUACCGUCAAUUCAAUUGGAGUUAAAAAGUGGGAGUUCUUCGAUGAGUGAGACUAUUCCAAUGUAUGAGGGAUCUAAUACCAUGUCUGAUACUGAAAGUUCAACUGAAGUUGAUACUCUUAGUUCUGAAGUCAAAGUAUCUCAAUGGCUCAAGCACCUAAGAAAUAGACCAUCAUCAUCUGGAUAUGACUCCAUGGGCAAUGCAUAAAGUUCUCGAAUAUCAAUAAUGGAAAUAUCAAAGACAACAUCCCCCUGAAGGAUACCGAUACUGUUCACAAGAACAUUUCAAUAUACACAAGAAGCCCAAUAACAAAACGCAAAAUCAGCAUCGAUAUAGAAUUAGUGUUCUCUAAAAUCCAAGCUAUGCACAUGUACAAUAUGAGGACUGGGUAAAAUAUCUCAAUAUGAUCAGCUUCACUCUAGUAGUUUUGACAUUGCUCUGUUGAUUUUGCUGUGUCCUGCAGAAUUGGCUGUUGGUCAACAGGUUAUAUAAAUAUGUUUUUGAACCAUGUCUGUACAGUAUGUACGUAUUAAUUAAUUUUAAUGUGUAAAACUUUACAAAAAUGGUAUGUGACACAUUUUUUGUGUUUAAAAAGUGUUUAAAAGGGCAGACUGUAAGAUUUUUAUAAAAUUACUAAAGAAUUUGAAUAUGCAAAAGUACAAUUUAAAUAUGUAUUUAUAUCAAUAAACCUUGAAUUUUAAAACCUA